GCCUUGCCAGUUCCGGGCGGUACAGGGGUGUGGCCGGGCCUGGACCACGGAGGGGGCCAUGUCUGCGCCGCCCGCCCUGCAGAUCCGUGAAGCGAACGCGCACCUGGCGGCCGUGCACCGGCGCGCGGCGGAACUAGAGGCGCGGCUGGACGCAGCGGAGCGCACGGUCCGCGCCCAGGCCGAGCGUCUGGCCCGUCACGACCAGCUGCUGCGCGCCGCCCUGGACGAGCUGGGCCGCGCCAAGGACCGUGAGAUCUCAGCUCUCCAGGAGCAACUCCAGACAUCCAAGGCCGCCAUCCACAGCCUGCAGGCUGCUGUGCGCCAGAGAGAGGAGCUCAUCAUGCAGCUGCAGCCCCGAGCCAAGCUGCUGCAGGACAUCUGUCAGCAGCAGCCACCCUUGGCCGCACUGCUGGCUGCGCUGACCGAGGCUGAGCAUCUGGGGCCCUUGCCGGACGGUGUACCAGGCCAUCUGCUUCCUGCCGGGCCGGGUCCACCCCUCACCAACAGCACUGCCGAGGAGGAGGAGGAAGGGGAGGAGGAGGAUCACCUGGAGCCUGCAGUGUUCGGGACCACAGUGUGAGCCCCGGAGCAUAGACUGCAGACCGAAAGCAGACAGUCCUUUGGGGGCUUCCAUCCACUGGGGGACCCCAGGGCAGAGCCUUGAGCUUAGCCAAGCAGCACAAGAAGUUAAAAGGGCCGAGUUUUCUUCUUCUUUUCUUUUGGUAUCAGGAAUCAAACUCAGGACCUUGUGCUUGUCAGGCAAGUGCCAUGCCGCUGAAGCUGUGUCCCUGAUCCCCAAGUUUUCAAACACAUGCAGAUGUUUCCCUCAGACAGGCUGCGAAGGGAAUGAAAUUUUGAACCCCACUUCCUUUGGGAAAGCUGGCAGUACUUGGCCGGAUCAGGAUUCUGGCUUGAGACCUGGCUGGCUUUGCCUGAUCUGAGCCCAGGCUGGGCCCCCGCGUUAGCCAGGGUGCCUAUAACCUCAGUGCCCCCUGGCUAAGGGUCUGCACCCCAGAGGCUUCUGGUGAUACAUGUGGUAGGGCCGGGGACAGGGAGUCCCACAGGACUUGAGCUUGUCUCCUGUUUUUGCCUUUCUUUGAUUCUUUUUGUUGUUUAUUGAGACAGAGUCCCGCUAUGUUGUUCGGGCUGGCCUUGAACUCACCGAGCUCGAGAGCCUCUUGCCUCAGGCUCCCAGUGCACGCAGCACUGUGCCCAGUCCUUGACCCAGUCCUUGUCUUGAUCCUUUUCAUUCUGGAUCAUCCUACACCCCAGGGCUAAACUUUCUUUUCAUUUUUCUUUUUUUUAGCCCAGACCACAAGCCUUAACCCACAUAGCAUUUUUUUUUUUUUUUUUUUUUUUGGUACCAGGGAUCAAACUCAUGACCUUGCACUUACCAGGCAAGCUUGUGAGCCACUGAGCUAAAUCCCCAGCGCCUUAAAUCUUUCAUGCUAGAUCUAAAUUCCCUAACUUCAUCCUUCCCUCAGCCUUUGAUCCCAAAGACCAGGCUGGUGAGAGAUGCUGGCUGCCAGACUGCUCAGGAAGAAGCAAGCAGCCUUUAACCUUCCCCUGGUGGCAUCCUGCCCCAGGGCCAUUGCACUGCUUUUUCUCGGCCUGGCAUGCUUUCCCCCUGAUUCCCAUGUGACUGUCACUCAGGUCUCUGCUCAAAUGCCAUUUCUGUCAGAGGCCGCCCCUAACCAGGUCACUUAUUCUCCUUUGUUUUCCUUGUGGAAUUCUUCCUGUCCCAUCUCAGGAAGGGAACCUCCUUCAGGGCAGGGAUUUUUGUCUAGUUUCCCUGUCACCAGUGCCUUAGGUGCCCCGGAAGUCCCAGGAGGAAGGGAUGGGUCUGUGGCUCAAAGCAAGCCAGGGGCCCCUUCCCCCUAGGGUAUCUGCCUUUGUGUAGCGAGCAGCUGUUUUUAUAGCCUAUUUUUAAUCCCUUGUUUCUGUGCUGCUCCUCCUGGCGGGACAUUGAAGGUACUUUGCUUUUUAUCAGGCCAGGACCCACCAGGGCAGAGUCUCCUGCCACCGGAAAGGGUGGUGGCCACCCAGAGACCUUGGAACCUAACAUUAACAGUGCCGUCUAACAGUCACCUCUCGAGCGGUGACAGCAGUCCCAGUUCGUCCUCCAGAUGAAUAAAGGGGGGCUCUGUUUGUACAGAGGGGAGGCCGGCUGGGGCCUGUCUGUGCUUGAGAAUAAACUGCACCAUUUCUUGGC